AUGCCCAGGGUAUCUAAACAAAAAGCUAAAACACACAAGGCAAGUCAAGCAUCAGUAAAUGUACGGAAAGCUGCUCACCGUAAUAAGCAAAUUCAAAAUAUCAACCAAGUGUUAAUACAAAUGGAUGAUAGUGAAUUGCAGUUAACCUAUCAAAGUAUUAUGCAAUCAAUUGAUAAUGAAAAAAAUGAUUCGAACAUGCAAUCAAAUGAUAAUGAAAAAAACAAUUCAAACGCGCAAUCAAAUAAUAAUAAAAAAAACAAAUUGAAAGCACCAUUAAAUGAUAAUGAAAAAAAAAAUCAAAGAAUGUUUCAAAAAUUACUCUAUACAAUCGAACAACUGCCUGAUGAUCAAUUAAAAGCCACAAUUCAUUUGCUUGAUACUAUGCGGUACUUUAAAGGACCAAAUGAGGGUAAAUUACUUUCACCUUACCUGCAGGAUAAAGCUUUAAACUUUAUAAGCUCAUCUCUUUACAAAGUGGGCCAAGAUUCGAGCAAAUUAUCACAAUAUAAGCGUAAACACAAGCAAUAUAUUUCAAAGGUCCGUGCUUCUGCCCAUAGACCAUUACUUGUAGAUUCGCAAAGUUUAAAGAUAGGCAUAUUAGCAUUGUUCAAAAAAAAUAAGCAUCAAUAUACAUCCCAAUUUAUUAGCAUGGCUACACAAGUAUCACAAGUUGAAAGUUCUUUGUCAUCAAUUACACAUCAAUCUGUUAUUCGAUGGGAUAAGGAAAUCAGUGAACUUUAUAUAAACCAAAUUUUAAACCAAACAGAAUUUAGAGCCAAGAAAUGUCAACAAUUGGAAUCUAUACCUGAAUCAAAUUCAAGUCAGAAGGUUUUCAAUGAUGAUAAUGAGUGUGAGAAAAGAGCAAAUAAAUUGUUUAAAAAUUUAUUUGGGCAAUAA